AUGGCUUCUACAGAAAAAAGUGUCGUAAACAAAGGUUAUUUCGAGGACGAUCAAACACAUCUAGACUACCGUACAGAAGUGAAAAUGGUGACAUUAGAGCGGUCUAAAUCUGUACCUAUUCCUAUUCAUAGGUCAGCAAGUCACACACCAAGUAUGAUGGUUAAUGCUAAAAAAUUCCUAUCCGACAGGCCACAAUUACUAGACUGCCCACGUUGCAAGGUCUAA